UGUUCUGCAGAGUGCAGACUGCACAAACCCCUAAUCCCCCUAAAUCAUCCUCUUUCCCAACCCCAGUUGGCGACUUUAAGCUUGGCUUAGUCGCUACUAGAGUACUGGACCCGCCAUUGCUGUGGACUGUUCUCCAGGCGUCUUCGCUCUGCGCGGAACUCCCGACAAGCUGGGUCCCGACUGUUGACCCUUUUUGCAAAAGAAACUUGUGCUGCUACUUUUUCGACCCGCUGACACUGCUGCUGUUGGGAUAGCUUCGAUCGUUGCUCUCUUUUUCCCCUUCCAUCCUUUCCAGGUAACUUCAACCUAGACUUCGCCGUGAUGGCUUCAAAGUUCCUUAGAGAGUACAAGCUAGUUGUUGUCGGCGGUGGUGGUGUCGGAAAGUCAUGCUUAACAAUCCAACUGAUUCAGAGUCACUUCGUCGACGAAUACGACCCAACAAUUGAAGACUCGUACCGCAAGCAGUGUGUCAUCGACGAUGAGGUCGCUUUGUUGGAUGUCUUAGAUACUGCCGGACAGGAGGAGUACUCGGCGAUGCGUGAACAAUACAUGCGAACUGGCGAAGGCUUCCUCCUGGUCUACUCGAUUACGUCUCGGCAGUCCUUCGAAGAGAUUAUGACUUUCCAACAACAAAUUCUGCGUGUGAAAGACAAGGACUACUUCCCUAUCAUCGUGGUCGGUAACAAGUGCGAUUUGGAGAAGGAACGAGCCGUCUCUCAACAAGAGGGCGAGGCUCUGGCCAGGCAGUUCGGUUGCAAGUUCAUCGAAACGUCGGCAAAAUCCCGCAUCAACGUCGAGAACGCUUUCUACGACCUCGUGCGCGAAAUUCGUCGUUACAACAAGGAGAUGUCGUCAUAUCCGUCUGGUUCUGGUGCGGCAGGCACCCGUGCCCCUGAAGGCAAGAUGGAUGUGAGCGAGCCGGGCGACAACGCUGGCUGCUGUGGAAAAUGCAUUAUUAUGUAAUUGGGUCGACGUUGCUUUACGUGGUUACCAGGCGCGCAGGUCAAUAUGGAGGAAGGAAGUCGCCAAAUCCGACUUUGAAUGAAAGAUAAGAAAGAGAGAGAGAGAGAGAGAGAGAGAGAGAGCUAUGCUUGGCUUCAGGAGAUGAAAGCCGAGACUGCGGUGUGGCCAUACACCUGCAUCUGUGACUUUUCGUACUG